AAACAAAAACAAAACUAAUUUGAUAGUGCAAUCUCUUUACAAUUCAACAGUGCACACACAAUCUGACUGCCGAGGGGAUUAUUACACACAACAAAGAAAUCAGCAGCAGCAACAACCGAUAAUAACAGCUUAUUUAUUGCAGUACUCAAGUGGUUCAAGUAGAUAUCGUCGAGCUAAUCAGGGCAAAAAAAAAAACACCAGUUGCUCUCCGACUUUGAUAAUCGUAACGUGUGGAAAAAAUGGCUUGCUUUCGAAUGGGAUCCUGUCACGAAGUGCCGAUGACAUUGUUUAAAAACAAUCGGGACAAAGUCUGCAAAGCGAUAGUAGCCAAAUCGCAAGAGGGCCUCAAGUUAGGCACUGGCCAAUUGCUCAUCCUGCUGGAGGGUGGCAAAGAACUGAGCUACUACAACACUGAUGUGGACUAUGUUUUCCGCCAGGAGUCCUACUUUCAGUAUAUGUUUGGCGCCAAAGAACCCGGCUGCCUUGGCAUUCUCAACAUUGAUACGAAGACGGGAAAGCCAAGUGCCGUUCUAUUUGUACCCCGUCUGCCCGAUGAGUAUGAGACGUGGAUGGGUUCAUUGCUAAAGCCCGAUGAGUUCAAGGCCAUGUACGGAGUGGACGAGGUCUAUUAUGUCGAUGAACUCGAAACGUAUCUGGAGAAGGCGUCACCCCAGCUCAUAUUGACGCUGAGUGGCACAAAUAGCGAUAGCGGCCUCACCAUGCAACCGCCCGAGUUUGCGGGCAAAGAGAAAUAUGUGACGAAUUGUGAUCUGCUCUAUCCCAUAAUUUCGGAAUGUCGCGUCAUUAAGUCCGCGGAGGAGAUUGAGGUGUUGCGCUAUGUGGCCAAGGUAUCCUCGGAUGCGCACAUCAAGGUGAUGCAGUUCAUUCGACCCGGUCGCAUGGAGUACGAGGGUGAGUCCGUUUUUCUGCAUCAUGCCUAUGCUGUGGGCGGUUGCCGGCACGCCUCUUACACCUGCAUCUGCGGCAGUGGCACCAAUUCUGCUAUCUUGCAUUACGGGCACGCUGGUGCUCCCAACAAUCGACCCAUCCAAGAUGGUGAGAUGUGCCUCUUCGAUAUGGGCGCCAAUUAUUGUGGCUACGCUGCUGACAUCACCUGCAGUUUCCCGGCAAAUGGCAAAUUCACCGAGGACCAGAAAUUCAUUUACAAUGCGGUGCUCGCUGCACGCAAUGCCGUCAUGGAGACGGCACGUGACGGUGUCUCCUGGGUGGAUAUGCACAAGCUGGCGGGCAAGGUGCUCCUUGAGCGUCUCAUGGCUGGUGGCUUGCUAAACGGUGAUGUGGAUGAAAUGCUCGAUGCUGGCGUCUCAGGAGUGUUUCAGCCGCACGGUUUGGGCCAUUUGAUUGGUCUCGAUGUGCACGAUGUGGGUGGCUAUUUGGUCACGGAACCGGCGCGUCCCACUGAGCCGUGGCUGAGCAAGCUGCGCUUCGCUCGCAUCCUCAAGGCAGGCAUGUAUGUGACCAUUGAGCCGGGCUGUUAUUUCAUAAAGCAACUGUUGGAUAAGGCGCUCGCCAAUAUCCAAAUACGUAAAUAUAUUAAUGUGGAGAUGCUGGAACGUUUCCGCAGCUUUGGCGGCGUGCGCAUCGAGGAUGAUGUCCUGAUUACGAAGACCGGUGCGGAAAAUUUUGCAAUUGUGCCGCGCACUGUGGAAGAAAUUGAGCAAACAAUGGCAUCCAAAUAAGUUGUUAAACUUAUGUGAAUAAAUACAUAUAAAUUGACAUGUAUAUGGAAUAUAAUUGCAUGUACGCAACAUACGUAUUAAACCUAUAAACUAUA